AUGGCACCUAAGGUUCAGACUCGACUGCUCAUCAUAUCUGAUACACACGGCCUUGACUUCAGCUCUGAGAACAGACCGUCCGAGCGUGCCGAUGUCGCCCUCCACUGCGGUGACCUCACCGACGGCUCAAAGCUCGAUGAGUUCCGCUCGACCCUCGAAAUGCUCAAAAGAAUCGAUGCACCCCUCAAGUUGGUCAUUGCAGGAAACCACGACUUCACCAUGGAUAAUGCUGCCUUUGAAGCUAAAGUCGCAGAUGCAGUUCCACCUUUGGACCCGGAACUGGUUGCUCGAGAGUACGGGACUUUGGGACAGGCAAGGAAACUAUUUGACGAUGCACAGGACGCAGGUAUAGUGUUCUUGGACGAAGGAACCCAUCGCUUUGGCCUCGAGAAUGGAGCCGUACUAACAGUCUAUGCAAGUCCGUAUACGCCCUCCUUAGGCGCAUGGGGCUUUCAAUACCAUCCGAACCGGGGCCAUCAUUUCGAUAUCCACGACGGCACCGAUAUCGUCGUUACUCACGGGCCUCUGAAAGGCAUUAUGGACUUUACCUAUGGCCGCGAGCGAGCGGGCUGCCCCGAUCUCUUCACCGCCGUCGCUUUUGCCCGACCUCUCAUCCACUGCUUUGGACAUAUUCAUGAGGGGUGGGGCGCAAAGGUGGUUACAUGGAAAAACAGCGGUAGUGAGGAGCCAUCUCAUUUUACUGCUAUCGACAAUGAGAACUCGCCCGUCAUCGAAAAGUUAGCCGCUCUGAAAAGUAACGCAUUGGACUCAGAUGACAUGGCGGAGGAAAAGAGAGGAAAGCUGGAACGGCUGAGUCGCAGCAGGUGCGCCAUAACAAGCCAUUGUGCUCAAGAUGAGUAUCCACUCCAGGCUGGCAAGCAAACAUUGUUUAUCAACGCCUCAAUCAUGGGCAGUGAAGAUUUCGUGCAAAGGCCCUGGCUCAUCGACAUCGAGCUUCCGACAGCGGCAGAGAUUCAGAAGCAAUAG